AUGAUAGAAAGUGACAUUUCAUCUACGAUGUCAGGAAUUAUUCGAAACUCAGCGCAAAAUCACCACCCCUCUGCACAAGAAUACAGACUCCUGGCCUCCACCGGCGAUGACGACCUUCCUGGGGACCUGCAGUCACUGUCAUGGCUCACGGCCGUGGACGUGCCACGACUGCAGCAGAUGGCGAGCGGCCGCGUGGACCUGGGAGGCCCCAGUGCACCGCACACGCACCCAGGUGCCUUGGCCAGGACAGCUGACCUGCAUAUGGGAGCUGCCCCAGGUCCCCUGCUCCACAGCCCAGCGGGCAUGGCUCCCCAAGGUGUGCUGGGUCUGGGUCCCAUGGCCAACCAUGGAGCCAGUCAGAUGAACCAGUUCCCUGUGGGGGGCCAGCCCUCAUCCAGCCUGCAGGACCCGCCACAGCUAUACUCUCCCACCUCCCAAUCACCGUUCCCGCUACACCCGGGUGUCCAGCAGUGCGCUCCCGUGGGCCUGUACGGCUCCCCGUUUGGUGCACGGCCUCCCUACCCCCAGCCCCGCAUGGCUGUUCAUUCAUCUCAGGAACUGCACCCCAAACACUACCCCAAGCCCAUCUAUUCAUACAGCUGUCUGAUCGCCAUGGCCCUAAAGAACAGCAAGACAGGCAGCCUGCCCGUGAGUGAGAUCUACAGCUUCAUGAAGGAGCACUUCCCCUACUUCAAGACAGCGCCUGACGGAUGGAAGAACUCGGUGCGGCACAAUCUGUCCCUGAACAAGUGCUUUGAGAAGGUGGAGAACAAGACGGGUGGCUCCUCGCGCAAGGGCUGCCUGUGGGCCCUGAACCUGGCCCGCAUCGACAAGAUGGAGGAGGAGAUGUACAAAUGGAAGAGGAAGGACCUGGCCGCCAUCCACCGGAGCAUGGCCAACCCCGAGGAGCUGGACAAGCUGAUCUCGGACCGGCCAGAAAGCUGCCGACGCCCCGGCAAGCCAGGGGAGCCUGAGGCCCCCGUGCUGACCCACGCCACCACGGUGGCCAUGGCCCACAGCUGUCUGGCCGUCUCCCAGCUCCCACCCCAGCCACUGAUGACCCUGUCCCUGCAGUCGGUCCCCCUGCACCACCAGGUCCAGCCCCAGGCACAUCUUGCCCCAGACUCUCCUGCCCCGGCCCAGACCCCACCCCUGCAUGCCCUGCCGGACCUCAGCCCCAGCCCCCUCCCCAACCCCGCCAUGGGAAGGGCUCCGGUGGACUUCCUCAACAUCAGCACUGACAUGAACACUGAGGUGGACGCCCUGGACCCCAGCAUCAUGGACUUCGCUCUGCAGGGGAACCUCUGGGAGGAGAUGAAGGAUGAGGGCUUCAGCCUGGACACGCUGGGGGCCUUCGGAGACUCCCCACUUGGCUGUGAGCUGGGGCCCUCGGGCCUGACCCCCGUCUCCGGAGGCAGCGACCAGUCCUUCCCAGACCUGCAAGUGACCGGUCUCUACGCCGCGUACUCGACCCCGGACAGCAUGGCCACGUCAGCCGCCACCUCCUCCUCUCAGUACCUGGGCACCCCGGGGAACAAGCCCAUAGCCCUGCUUUGA